CCUCGGAAGGGUUCAUAGAAAGUUCACUCGCAUAUAUUAGGCUCUUCAAUCUUUCAUUCUCCCUGGCAAAACUAGUUGGAAAUGAGCGGAGCAGGAGGACGGAGAGACGCCGCUCGUCAUCCGAGAGAGAAACAUGUGCUUUUAAAGACGCGUCCGUGUUGUUUUUGAUUCGGGAACAGGAGGAGAUCGUCCUGCUGAGGCGGACUCUCCUCACACCGCCGCCGCUGCCGCCGACACCCGAGACGCGCCGGUUUCAGUGCGCACACGUCGGGAUGUUUUUAUUUUUAUCAUCAUUAUUAUUAGUAGUAGUAGUACGAUGAUUAUUAUGGAAGAGUCUCGUUCAGACGCCAGUGGCAGCGCGCGGGUGGAUUCCGAGAUACAACUGCAAAUCAGCCUUUAGAGGACGGAGUUGUUUUAUUAUUAUUCCAAUUAAUUCAUGAUUCCAGUGCGGGACGAAUGAGAAGAAGAGGAGCGAGAUCUGCAGCGUUAAGAAGAAGAGGAGGAGGAGAAAGAGGAGGAGGAGUGAGGAAGGAAAGCGGAGUUUGAUGGAGUUGUUAUCUGCGCUUAUUUUUCUCCCUUUAAAUCCUUUUACGCACAAGAAUAGUUGAGCGACGCGCCGCCAACAUGUUUGACUGCAUGGACGUGCUGGCCGCCGUGAGUCCGGGCCAGAUGUUGGACUUCUACACGCCCAGCGCGUCCUCGUGCAUGCUGCAGGAGAAGGCGCUGAAAGCCUGCAUCAGCGGACUGGCGCACCGAGAGUGGCAGCACCGGCGGAGCGCACACUCCAUUGAAACACAGAGCACCAGUUCUGAGGAGCUUGUCCCCAGCCCGCCGUCUCCCCCGCCUCCUCCCAGAGUCUACAAGCCCUGCUUCGUCUGCCAGGACAAGUCCUCUGGUUACCACUAUGGCGUCAGCGCAUGCGAGGGCUGCAAGGGUUUUUUCCGCAGAAGCAUCCAGAAGAACAUGGUGUACACGUGUCACCGGGAGAAGAACUGCAUUAUCAACAAGGUGACAAGGAACCGCUGUCAGUACUGCCGCCUGCAGAAGUGCUUCAGCGUGGGAAUGUCCAAAGAGUCUGUUCGGAAUGACCGGAAUAAGAAGAAGAAAGAGAGCCCAAAGCUGGAACUGGCAGAGAGCUACGAGCUGACAGCUGAGCUGGAAACCAUCAUCGAAAAGAUCCGCAAGGCCCAUCAAGAAACCUUCCCCUCCCUCUGCCAGCUUGGCAAAUAUACCACGAACUCAAGUGCAGACCACCGUGUGAGGCUGGACCUUGGCCUGUGGGACAAAUUCAGUGAGCUGGCCACCAAGUGCAUUAUCAAGAUCGUGGAAUUUGCCAAACGAGUGCCUGGCUUCACGGGGCUGACCAUCGCAGACCAGAUCACGCUCCUGAAAGCUGCCUGUCUGGACAUUUUGAUCCUUCGCAUCUGUACGAGGUACACGCCCGAACAGGACACCAUGACCUUCUCAGACGGGCUGACCCUCAACCGGACACAGAUGCACAACGCUGGCUUCGGCCCUCUCACUGACUUGGUGUUCACCUUUGCCAAUCAGCUGCUGCCUAUCGAGAUGGACGACACGGAGACCGGCCUCCUCAGCGCCAUCUGUCUUAUCUCUGGAGACCGCCAGGACCUGGAGGAACCCUCUAAGGUGGACCAGCUCCAGGAGCCGCUCCUGGAGGCUCUGAAGAUCUACGUGAGGAAGCGUCGGCCCAGCAAACCGCACAUGUUCCCCAAAACUCUGAUGAAGAUCACAGAUCUGCGGAGCAUCAGCGCUAAAGGAGCAGAGCGGGUCAUCUCUCUGAAGAUGGAGAUCCCAGGUUGCAUGCCUCCACUCAUCCAGGAGAUGCUGGAAAACUCAGAGGGCCAGGACAGCCAGAGCAGUAGCACUUCAGCCGAGGCCAAGGCUGCGGCCAAGGCUGAGGCCAAGGCUGAGGCCAAGGCUGAGGACAAGGACAAGGACAAGGACGAGGACAAGGACGAGGCCGAGGACGAAGCCGAGGACGAGGCCAAGGCCGGGGUCAGUCCCAGCAGCAAAGACAGUCCCAACAAAGACAGGGCCGUCCUGGAGUCGCCGGGCUCCCUGGACACUGACAGGGCUGAAGCCACAGCGCUCAGCGACAGUGACUAAGAGGAUGCACCCACAGGUGCCUCCGAGUCUGACAUUACUUUGCACAAAAAAAAGAGAACAGCUGAGCGAGCAGUCGACCCCUUCGUUUCCCCUCUGCCCUGACUCUCCGACGCUUGGUAUUACGUUAUCUUUAUAUCUUUCUUCUCCCAUUCCUCUCAAACUCCCUCCUUAAAAAGUGAUGGUCAACACGGAGGCCUCGAAGGAUCAGCGCUUUGUGUAGAACUGUGAACUGGAGUUUGGCGUCUGGUCUCUGGGACUGUGACAGGAGGGGCGUGGCCCUCACAGACCGUCACAGAUGAUUGUCCUCAGGUCUCCUGUGUACCUUCUUAUCUGCAUGACAGGAGGUGGAGAAGUGGUUUUAAUCCUCCCUCCCUCCCUCCCUCCCUCCCUCCCUCCUUCUCUUUGCUUGUCCUUAUAUCUUUUCCUCCCAUAUUGUUGACAUACCGUACACACAGCCCUACAUUGUACAUACCAUAGUAUGGUCUCUGUUUCUAUGAUGAAUUUUGUGGUGCUUUUUCUCAUGUCUUGAAUAUUAUCUCUGAAGCGACGCAUCAAGGUUUAAAGAGGGACUCUAAAGGUGGACGUCCUUUGAAGAGUUAUCUAGAAUGUCAUGGCAUACAGACAUUAUGGAAGUGGAGUCUUUUAUAUGUGUAAAACAUUUGAGUUUGUGUUUCUACAUGGAUGAGUGCGCCUACGUCCACACGGCCAGAAUGCAAAGUCUGUUCAUCCGUUUUCUCAAAGGAGGGAACCGCACCAGCAAAAGCCUUUGACACACACACACACACUCAUCAGAUUGAGAGCGUCUGUUUUACUUUCCAGGCUGAGACUCCACCUACCAGAUUAGAUUUACAAUCAGCCUGUCUAUGAAAUUAACUCAUUUGGUGGCUGUAUCUCCUGUGUAAAUCAGUUUAACCUCACUGUCAAAACAAAUGGGGCAAAUGAGGUUGUUGAUAGAUACCAGUGAUUUUUCCUGCAGCGGCCACUCGAUGCCUCUCCUGCGCCCCAAUGCAGUUUUAACUGCAGCUGGAUGCAGGGGUUUCACAGGUUUAAACACAGCCACUGGUGUCACACCUGGUUUAAAUGUACAAAGAAGACGUGUGGCUUCACGUCGCACCGCUUGUUAUUCAGCAAACUCAUUUCCUUGUUCAGUAGAAAACACUCCAGUACAGAAAAGAUCUCGUCUCCAGGGAAACUAAUUUCUUCGGGGAUACAAAGGAAUACAAAUGUAAGUUUGGCAACAAACUGAAAGAUGAAAAUAGAUCAUUGAGACUAACGUCAAAUAACGACUGCCAGUGGAGACAGGAUUCAUCUUAUUCAUCGUAUAAUGUUAAAACAUAAAAAUACAAUAAUAUCACAAACAGUCAUUCAGUCAGUUCUCUUACUUAAAGCUGCAGUGCGUCACUUUUGGUGGUUUCUGACGUUAUUAUUCAGCUGAACACAAACGGUGUAACGCCGUUUGCUGCGUCAGACCUGACCGAGGGAGCGCUUGUGUGUAUACGGCAGCAGAGCACAAGUGGGUGGGUGGGGACGAAAAGCAUUUAUCCCGCCACUUUUUGUGUUUUCGGUCAAACUUGCUUGCAGUGUUUCAUUUGUCGUGAUGUGAAACGGAUCACUUCCUGUGUGCAGCCCCUGAGAAACACAGAGAGAGUCGUGUCAUAGACAGUAAUCGGAUUUCAUGGCGCGAACUCAUUUGCAACAGGGAGUCAAAUCCUGAGCAGGGACAUGAGUACAUCACACAUUGACAUUGACGAUCAUGUCAAAUAUUCCCACAGCGUCACCAUUCAGAUUCAUAUUUAGUCCACUUUAUGCCUUUUGUCAGUUCAUUAUUGCCUCUUCAGUUACAUAACACGCCUCCACUCUGAUCAUAGCCAAAGGCCUUUUUCCAAAAAUGGUCUGAAUGUCAACCUCAUGAGUGUGUCAACUACCAACUGGACUGUGCACACACACACACACACACACACACACUGGCUCUACCGUGGCCUUACAAGCAGAGCUCCGCCGCCUUCCCUCGUCUACGUUUUCAGAAGUGUCUCGUUGGGGCCAGAGAACUCACACACGGGAAGUCCAGACGAAACGCCACCACUGGUCGGGAAAGAUUGGACAUCAACUAAGAGAGCACAUGAGGUGAUAUCUGCUCCAAACAUCCGCCUUACAUCGCACACUUUUGACAACAAUUAUUGACGCAAAAGGAGAUCGCAGAGAUGAUCGUCCCCCGCACCUUAAUCUCGGCCCUAAACCCUCAACGUACUUAAAGGACAUUUAAGUACAUUUGCCUGGAUCAUUCACACAAUUCACUCACUGAACAGGGAACAAACUAACUGUAGCACUUAAACACGAUGAAACUGAAACGUGUCACGAGAGAAUCUAUCAGCAGCCCCUCCUCGACGGGAGAUAAACUCCCGGUGAAGCUGUUGCAGAGACUGAAGGAGUCGUUCUGAAAGUGAGAAGCAGAGAAAAGUUCUGGGUCUCAGCUGCUCAUCAUAAAAACCCAACUUCAUUCCAUCCCUGCUCACAAAUACAUAUCAUAAAGAAAACCAGAGCUGGUUUUUGUUUUUAGCGUGUUUGAAUAUGAAAAAGUAAUGUCAUGCAGUCCGUCAGAAGAAUGAUAUGCAGUGUUAAGGAAUUAUUACUUCUCUCUUAAUGUAACAUAGGAAAUGCUCUCCCUUUAUUUUCUGUCUUGCUCUCCUGGUGAGAGAUGAAGGGAAGCGUCUUCAUGUCUGUUUUGUUUUGUUUUUUUUUUCCUUCAAAGCUGGAAAAACCUUCACAGCCGACGAAUGUUCACGUCCACCUUUGCAGCGUCCAGCGUCCUCGCCCCGGGGACAGUGGACACUGCAGUAGCUACUAUCGGUUCCUUUAGGAAACAACUUCACGAUGCUGAAUUACUCUUUGUUUGUUUCUGUUGAAUGUUGUACCGACGUAACUGUAAUACUUUACUAUCUUGCUCACUGCAAAACGGUGUGUGCUUCGCAUUUCAUUUGGCAGCUCUGUGGAAAAGACGCUCGGUCUCACACGUGUCCUUCAGAUCACCGCCCGGCAUCUAAGUGUUAAAGGAAAAUAACCAAGGAUGAGGAACUGGUCCAAUAGGAAAAGAAAAACAACAAGCACGUCACUUCAGCACCUGAUAACAUUGAUUUGUUUUCUUUUUCUGUUCCACGUCAAACAACAGAGCUGCUCUCUCCUCUACCCGCCGACACCAAGCCAAUCAGCUGUUGUCAAUCAAUCAAACUCAAUCAGUCGACAGCUAUUUGGUUAAGAGGUCAACUAAUGAACUACGAGUUGACUGAGUAUGUGAUUAAGUGCUUUGAAAACAGACUGAAUUUGAUUUGAUCAGCUGCAGUUCAUGCCAACAAUAAUAAUAAUAAUAAUAAUAAUAACACUAAGUCCAAGUCAAACAGCAGGAAAUCGCUCUUCAUUAAGGAUUUAAAGCUGCACUACUACAUAUUUUCACAAUAAAAAUAGACUUUAAUAUCUUUAAUGUCAAGGGCAUCACUUUAUAAACAUGCCCAAUAAGAAUUAUCCCACAACUCUUCCCUUCGAUGUAGACAUUUUGGCUCUUUUACGACUUUGUUUUGGUUUCACGAGCUGCAACUUGACAACAUUUAACAUUCAUCUGACAACAGGCAGACAAACGAACAGCCAUGUGACAACAUGUCAAGAAGAAGAAGAGUAAGAUUUGGAGACAGAUCCAAAUAAAAUGCUAAUAUGCCGGGGCCCCCGAGGGUCGAAUACAAUUUAGGGGCCCCCUGGGACCCCUCUGCCUGGGGCCCACAAAGUCUUCUAAUGUGUCAUAAACACGUUAACGAUAAAAACAAACGAGAUUUGCUGUAAAGGACCAGUGUGUUAGGAAUUAGUGAUGAGACUGCAGACUCCACCGCUCACCACUCCCUGUUCCAUGUGCACAUUAAGUUAGUUUGUGUAAAUACAAAAGCACUGUUUAAAGGCUGCAAAAAUACA